GUUUGCUAAUAUAAAUAGAAUAGAAGCCGUGGGAUAAUCAACAUUCUCUUUUCUGAAAUCAAUCGAGAUGGAAAAGAUUCUUUUCGUCACUUUGUGCGUCGUGGCUAUCGUUUCUGGACACGGAGAGAGCGAAAUAAAAGUUUCAAGGAAACAUCAAGCGGAAUAUAAAUUCGGCAUCGACCAUCAUUUCCACGGGCACUGGAAAGGUGACUCUCAUCCUCACGGUUUCGCCGGUUUGGGCGACGGCCACGGAGACUACAAAGGUGCCGAUGUGAAAUUCGUCCACUUCCUUCCUCAGAGCCUCUACGGAGGACAUGGGGGACAAGAAGGAAAAGAAAGUGAAUUAGAAAAGGUAAAAGAAGUAGAAGGAGGUAGUGGUGGCAAUGAAGGCAAAGAAGGCGGAGAAGAAAAGGCAAAAGAAGUACAAGGAGGCAGCGGUGGCAGCGAAGGCAAAGAAGGCGGCGAAGAAAAAGUCAAACACUUCGGUCAUGGCACCAGCUACAUCAACUUCAACAUGAAAUCGAUUGUUGAAAAACAUCACGGUGGACAAGAAGGGAAAGAAGUCCAAGAAGAGAAGAAAGAAAUUGUAAAAGAAGAACAAGGAGGUAGCGGGGGCAGUGAAGGCGGCGAAAAAAAAGAAGGCAGCGAAAAAAAAGAAGGCGGCGAAGAAAAAGAAGGCGGCAAACACUUUGGUCACGGUACCAGCCACAUUAACUUCAACAUGAAAUCAAUUGUUGAAGAACAUCACGGUAAAUGGUGAUCUUACAUCAAAUUAACUGUCAAUAAAUAAUUUAUUU